AACCUUUACGUUAGAAGCAUGCAGCACUGACACCAUCGACCAAAUUAAAGCAAAAAUCCAAGAUAAAGUAGGAAUUCCCCCUGAUCAGCAACGUUUCAUUUUUGCUGGAAAACAAUUGGAAGAUGGACGGACUUUGUCAAGUUACAAUAUACAAAAAGAAUCCACGAUGCAUCUUGUAAGACGUCUGCGUGGCGGGAUGUUCCAGGAAACCAGUGGCCGCGACGGAUUUGAUCCAUUGCCACCAAUCACUAAAAACAUGCAACAACCUGAACAAACUCUACGGAACGCAUCUGUAACCAUCUCUACAAAACUUCCAGGCACUAAGGAGGAACUGUUGGCCCUUCUGCGCGAGGAGGAGCGGCGAAGGUUGUCACCUGAAACGCAAAAAAAAUAUUUUAAUGUUGGAAAUGACCCAACAUGUGACAAGGACUGGAUGGAUGUAACCGACCAAUUGCAGCAUGAUUUGGUCCGAGAAUUUGGUUAUUCGGAUGAAGCUGUACAAUUAAUGCGUCGUGCUCCGCAGCUUUAUCCAGGUGAUGAGCACGAUCCUGCAUUUCGUACCACCCAAUUAUAUGUUCGCAACAACAUUGCUCAUAUUGGAGUCCUUACUGAAGGAAUGACGGCACCUGAUUGCCUACUGGUCCCCUUUGAUCCUUCAACGUUUACAAUAACAAAUGAAAAUUGCAAUAAUCCGCCGAAUCUAAUUUCUUUGCGUUCACUUUAUCGAUCAGGACGGCCUCUCGUUCUUCUCGCAGGAUCGUAUACCUGUCCUUUAUUCCGAUACAUAUCCCACGUGCUCAAUGAUUUGUUUAGGCGAUAUCAAAACUAUGUAGAUUUCUACAUGAUCCAAAUUAGAGAAGCGCAUGCAAGUGAUGUAUGGCCUAUCGGUGAUAUUGUAUCCGUCAAAGAGCAUCGCACGUUAUCUGAUCGAUUGAUCGCUGCGAGUGAAAUGGUCAGAGCAACUCAGCUGGAAAUUCCCGUGAUGUCAGACACAAUGGAUGAUACUUUCUUGAAGUUGUAUGCACCAUGGCCAUUCCGAUUUUUUAUUAUUGUAGAUGGUAUUUUGAAGCUCGUUGGGAUGCCAAAAGAGGCGCGUUACGAUACAACCGACUUGGUGACGUGUUUGGACGCACUCUUGGAAGGCAGAAAGGAAUAG